AUGGCAAAGAUUUCCCUCUCAAUAACACUUGUGAUUCUCUUCUGUGGUUUAGCUCUUGCAUCAAGAACAAAAAUAUUACCUCUCAGCAGCACUAUUACUGCAUUGGCACCAGAACUCAGUGAUGGUGUUUGCUCAUCACUAGUCAAGACACAAGGCUAUGCUUGUGAAGAACACUUGGUAACAACAAAAGAUGGUUAUGUUCUCAACAUGCAGAGAAUUCUACCAAGGGGGAAACCUGGAAAUAACAUACCAGUUGUGCUACAGCAUGGACUAUUCAUGGAUGGUGUGACAUGGUUAUUGCUAGCACCAAGCCAAUCUCUUGCAUUCCUUUUGGCGGAUAAUGGUUUUGACGUUUGGAUAGCUAACUCGCGCGGAACCAAAUAUAGUCAUCAACAUACAUCCUUUUCUAGUAACAGCUCGGAUUAUUGGAAUUGGUCAUGGGAUGAAUUAGUUGCAUAUGAUCUUCCAGCAACAUUCGAGUAUGUGCAUGAUCAAACUCGACAAAAACUACACUAUGUUGGUCACUCGCAGGGAACUUUGGUUGCAUUGGCUGCUUUUUCAAAAGAUCAACAACUGGACAAGUUAAGAUCAGCUGCCUUGCUUUGUCCAAUUGCUUAUGUUGGUCAGAUGACCUCACCACUAGCUAAAAAGGCCGCUGAUAAUUUCAUCGCAGAGUCACUGUACAAAUUAGGAAUUUUCGAGUUUAGUCUGAAAGGGGGAUCUGUUGUAAAGUUUCUUAAGGACAUGUGUGCAGGAACUUCUAUCGAUUGCACCAACUUGUUUACAUCUUUCACAGGUCCGAAUUGCUGCGUAAACCCUUUGAUGAUGAAUACGUUUUUGGAUCACGAGCCUCAGCCAACAGCAACAAAGAACAUGAUUCAUCUAUCUCAGAUGAUCAGAGAAGGAACCAUAUCAAUGUUUGAUUAUGAGAAUCAAGACGAGAAUAUUAGACACUACGGACAGUCCACUCCACCGAUAUACGACAUGACAAGACUUCCGAACGAUCUUCCUCUCUUUGUUAGUUAUGGAGGCGCUGAUGCACUUUCUGAUGUUAAAGAUGUGCAACUUCUGUUAGAAAGUCUGAAAGAUCAUGAUUCAGAUAAACUAGUAGUUCAGUACAGAAAUGAUUAUGCACAUGCAGAUUUUGUUAUGGGACAAAAUGCUAAACAAGAUGUAUACGAACCUCUCAUAUCUUUCUUUAAGCUUCAGUGA